AUGCUUGAGGCUCAUAAAAAAUAUGGUGGGAUGGGAACAAUCCUUGUAAUUAAGGUUUCCCCUGAAUCAGCAGACCAAUUUGGGGAGCUUGUAGCUGAUCCUAAUUCCAAUGAGUUGCUCCAUUACACUGAGAAACCUGAAACUUUUGUUAGUGACCGAAUAAAUUGUGGUGUUUAUGUAUUUACACCCGAAAUCUUUACUGCAAUUCAAGGUGUUUCUACACAACGAAAGACAGAGACGUCAAUCCGCUUUGAGGCAUUACAGUCAGCAACAAGGAGUCUUCCUGCAAAUUUUGUAAGACUGGAUCAAGAUAUAUUAUCACCACUUGCAGGAAAGAAACAGUUGUACAUAUAUGAAACUAGGGAUUUUUGGGAACAAAUAAAAACACCUGGAAUGUCCUUGAAAUGUUCUGGAUUGUAUCUUUCAUUGUUUCGUUACACCUCACCCCAUCUUUUGACUGAAGGAGAUGGUUCAAAAAGUGCCACUAUACUUGGUGAUGUUUAUAUUCAUCCCUCAGCAAAAGUUCAUCCAACUGCAAAGAUUGGCCCAAACGUCUCCAUAUCUGCCAAUGCACGUAUAGGAGCUGGUGUCCGGUUGAUCAACUGUAUUGUUCUUGAUGAUGUUGAAAUCAAGGAAAACGCGGUGGUUAUUCAUUCGAUUGUUGGUUGGAAAUGUUGUAUUGGGAGGUGGUCGCGUGUCCAGGCUGAAGGAUCUCCCAACGCAAAGCUUGGAGUGACCAUUCUUGGUGAAGCUGUUAAUGUUGAAGAUGAAGUAGUGGUAAUCAAUUGCAUUGUCCUUCCAAACAAGACUCUAAAUGUUAGUGUUCAGCAAGAAAUUAUCUUAUAACAAAGCAAGACGAUUCAAACCCUAAUUUAUUUAUAUGUCCUCUCUUCAUCGGAUGGAUGCCAAAAAUAACAAGAUGAAGUUAUAGUAUGGAGUGUGUAUUCUUCUUAAACGUUAAUGUCUAUAGAAGUUUGUGUUUGGUUUUAAUUUUUAGAAGCUAUUGUAUAUGACAAUUUGGGAAGCAAAUGUUUAUGUUUUAUUUAGAAUCUCGAGACAAUGUUCAUUCUCAUACCC